UUCAAACAAGUAACAAUCCUUUUGUGUUUAUUUGCAUUUGUUUUUUCUCGCAAUUUGCAAUAAUAGUCCAAUUGUUAGUUCACACACAAUCAAAUGAAUAAACUCUAAUUUGCACAAAAGUGUAUCAAGUUAAUUAAUUGUAUCAAAUAUAGAAUAAAUUAAAUAAAGAGAAUAGAGUGUGCCUACAACAAAUACCAACAAAAGGAGUGAGAUGUGCCUUAACGUUUUUUUUUUCUUUCUAAUUUUUGUUACAUAUACAUGCUGAUUUCUCUUUAUGUAAGUAAUGACAAAUGCUAACUUGUAGAAUAUGCUAUAGUUUACGUGGCCUUGAAGAAAUUUAAGGAUGCAAAUUAAUAUAUAUAUAUCCCUCUUAUUGUUAUUGUAAAGCAUAUUUCAAACUUAGACAUUUCUUGAUUAUUUUUCAAAAAAAUAAAAAUGAAAGGAAGUAUGAGCUAUUGGGUCACACUAAUAGUGAUAGUGUGGAUGAAUGUGACUUUGAAAAAAACAAAGGGUGUGCAAUCUAUAAAAAAUCAAUUGUCACAAUUUGUAGAAGAAAAAGAAGUUGGAGGGACAAAAUGGGCUUUAUUAGUUGCUGGUUCUAAUGGUUAUGCGAAUUAUAGGCACCAAGCUGAUAUUUGCCAUGCAUACCAAAUAUUAAAAAAGGGUGGUCUUAAAGAUGAAAAUAUCAUUGUUAUGAUGUAUAAUGAUAUUGCCUACAAUGAAGAAAACCCAAUGCCUGGAAUUAUAUAUAAUAACUCUAAUGGACCAGAUGUUUAUUUUGGUGUCCCCCAUUGGCAACACAAGUGCUCUCACGGGAGUAGAUCAUGUCAAAGUGCUCAAUACUAAAUCAAAUGAUACCAUUUUCAUUUACAUGUCUGGUCACGGCAGUGAAGGCUUUUUCGCUAUGCCGGAUUCGGGUCAAAUAUGGGGCGACGAUUUGGUAAAUGCAUUGAAGAAAAAACAUGAUGCUUUAGCCUACAAAAAGAUGGUGAUAUACAUAGAAUCAUGUUAUUCUGGAAGCAUGUUUGAAGGAAUACUUCCAAAUAAUAUCAAUAUUUAUGCAACCACUGCUAGCAAUGCUCAUGAAGAUAGUUAUGGAUUUUACUGCCCUGAUUAUUCUUCAAAUUCACCACCUUUUUUUACCACUUGUUUGGGAGAUCUAUAUAGCAUUUCUUGGAUGGAAGACAGGUAUGGUUUGGUGGUUAAAUAGUCUAUUGACUUAUUAAUUUUGUUACUCUC